AUGAAGAACGUUACCCCGUCGUCGACCUCCAAAUCGGCCACGUCCUCCAACUUAAAGGCCAAUGCUGCCAGUAAUACCAACAGCACGCUGACCUCCACCACGAUGGCGACCGGAUCUGGGAUCACCAUCGCUUCGGAGAAGAGUACCCCGUCCAGAACGCAACGCCUCUCCGUCACCUCGAUAGCGUACAAUUCUCCAGGAAUUUUAGACUACGCGGGGGGUGAACCGGAGGAGGAGGAGGACGAAGGUGGUCUGGACCAGGAUGGAAAUCCCUUAAGGAAUGAGUCCUCCUCAGUCAUCAAAUUCUACCCGGAUUGGUGCCAUUGUUUUUCCUGCCUCCGCCGCUCGGAUCAAUAUCCAGACUAUUCUGCGACAGGAUGGCUGGACUCGAUCCGUUCCGCAUUUCUCUGCCCGCCGCAAGGUCCCAUGGCGCGAUUGAUGUCGUUCCUCUUCCUCGCCGCGCUCACGUGGGCGUUCGCUUUUCUUCUCUUACUCCAAGUAGGGAGCGACCAUUUGAAGAGUCCCGCCAGUCCGAAAGGACCCAUCUCCGCGCUCGCUAUCCUCCUCGUGACGGGAUUGUUUGCGGGUCACUGGAUAAAACCGAUCCGUCAAAUCGCUCUGACCAUGAUUCUGACCCGAGCCGGGUUGGAACUGAGUCCUAAACAGUUGCGCAAAUUGAAAGGCGUCGUCCCCAUGUUAGCCUUUGGUCCUUGUCUGGUCGAAGCAUGCGUCUGCGCAGCCAUGACUUAUCUCCUCUUCAACGUCUUUGGCGAUGGCAACAAUGCCAAAAUCAGUAUCCCCAUGUGCUUCGUGGCCGGCUUCGCCCUCGCCGCCGUCUCUCCGGCCGUCGUUGUUCCCGGAAUGUUGUCCCUGAAACGUAGAAACCUCGGCGUAACCCAAGGAAUUCCAACCCUGCUGAUUGCCGCGUCCUCGAUUGACGACGUGCUGGCCAUUUCGCUCUACACGAUCUGCAUGGGAUUAGCCUUGGCAGGAUCGAGCAAAAAUUGGGAAACGUUCGCAUCCGGUCCGUUGAGCAUUUUGGUCGGAACUUUUCACGGUUUUGCGGUCGGUGCGGUGAUGCAUUUCAUCCCGGCGCGGGGGAACAGCAAUAAAGCGCAGAUUCGCCUUUGCCUCCUCCUCUUGGCCAAUUUCGUGGCAAUGUUUGCCUACGAAGAGUACGAGCUGUUGAGCGGGGCGGGGAGUCUGGCCGUGUUGGUGACCGCGUUCAUCGCCUCGUUCGGCUGGCGGAGUCAGCCCCAUUGGAAAAAGAGUAUGAAGGCGAUCGAGAGCUGGUUAAGUUUGUUGUGGACGUUGUGUGUCCCCCUACUUUUUGGGACGAUUGGGAGGGAAAUUGAUUUUCAUGGGAGUGGAUUCGGAGGGGUCAGAGUCGCCAAGAUUUUAGGAGUUAUUGCCGUGUCGUUAGUGAUUCGUUGCUGUACAGCCUUCCUGAUCGCGGGGAUGCCAGGGCUAAACGUUCGCGAGCGACUUUUCUGCGCGCUGGCAUGGAUUCCGAAAGCCACCGUCCAAGCCGCCCUUGCGCCCCUCGUCGUCUCCAAAAUCCAAAGCAAACCGGACAACGAGGCCUUCAAACCGCACGGCGAAAUAGUCGUCACGCUGGCCGUGUUGGCCAUCCUGCUCACUGCGCCCCUCGGAUCCGUCCUGAUCGCCUACUUUGGACCGAGGUUGCUCCGAAGAGCGACAAUUCCCGAACAGAUCACGUUGGCAGAAGAAUUUCCCAAUGGAGAUGGAGUUGAUCCGCACGAAGACAUGGUCACAGUGAAGCCGCAUAAGCUGUCUAACGGCCCCAUGAUCGUGGGUGGGACAGGGUCACUCGACUCCAUGUCUCCCUCCGCUUUCAGAGUGUCAUCUCAGACGCAAACGGUUCCUCGAAGUGCGUCCGCCGACGCUAUGCUUGAAGGAGGAGGACAAGUUCACAAAAAUCGUCAGGAUCACGAUCAAAAAGCCUUCUGGAAUUUUUGGUCGUAGCUUUGCGAAAAACAUAAUGAAAUGGGAAGUUAUUAGGUGGGAGGGAGAG